AUGGUUGCUUUUGGGCAUGCUGGGCAAGCUCUGCCAAACCCUCCCGAAGGCAAUAUCACUAUUAUCGACGGCCAAGGAUGCAUCGUUACGCCUGGCUUUGUUGAUGGUCACCAUCAUAUGUGGCAGCAGCUUUUGCGGGGUGUUGCAACGGACUGGUCGCUUUUUGACUACACUGUCAAUAUGCGAACCAUUUAUGGAAGCUUAUAUACACCUGAAGAUGUAUACCUGUCUACUUAUGUUGCAGCACUGAGUCUUUUCAAUAAUGGUGUGACUUCUGUUCCGGAGCACUGCCAUACCAUCAACUCGCCGGAUCAAGCCGAUGCGGCUGUGAGGGCACUUCACGACGCUGGGAUCAGAGGAACGUUCUGUUACGGCUUCUAUGCCAACCCACCUUUACCGGAUCAACCUGAUCCAAGAGGCUUCUUUCAUGCGUCGCGGCUGAGCGAAGCUGCCAGGAUAAAGAACAAAUUCUUUGGCCAGAACGCUCCAGUUGAACAACUUGUCACAUUCGGUGUAGCUCCAGAUGAGCCAGAGUCUCUACCUACCGAAGAUACCAUCACGCAGAUCGAACAGUCGAGAGAGCUUGGAGAGCGUAUAAUCACCAUGCAUGUUGCGAUGGGACCAUAUGACUUAGCGCGACGCCAGGUUGAACAAAGCCUUGCAAAUAAGGGUAUUCUGGGACCAGAUCUCGUCUUCAGCCAUGGAUCGUCCUUCACCGCGAGUGAGCUUCAGGCGAUCAAGGAGUCGGGUGCUUCCAUCGUCGGUACGCCAGAUACCGAGUUGCAGAUGGGCAUGGGAUUUCCCAUCGUCUUCCAAGCUUCUGAUCAAGGCUGUCGCACAUGCUUGGGCAUAGACAUUACAUCCAAUCAGGGAAAUGAAUUCAUCGCGCAGAUGCGGCUCGCACUACAAGCUCGUCGACCACAGGAAAAUGAUCAAGGGUUUCCACUUUCCAUUAAACGCAAGACGGAAGAUGUCCUUCGAAUGGGCACGCUGGGGGGUGCAGAGGUGAUGAGAAUGGAAGAUCUCAUUGGUUCCAUUGCAGUUGGGAAGAAAGCAGAUCUUGUUCUCAUCCGCUGUGAUGAUAUUGAGAAUAUUCCGGUGGGUGAUCCAGUUGGGUCAGUCGUGUUUCAUUCGUCAGAGAAGGAUAUCGAUACCGUCAUCAUUGAUGGCAAUAUCAAAAAACGGAACGGAAAGUUGACCGUUGAUUGGGAAAGGCUAAAAGAGGAGGUCAUUCUUCGCGCAGAUCGUAUCAGGACGGAGGCUUCCAAGAUUGAUCUGACAGCAGCUAGGAGACGUUGGAUGUAUAUCUUUCAUCUCAAAGGCAUGCCAGAAUGA